AUGGACGGGACAGAAGAUGAUGUGGUGUGUGAUUAUGAAUUGUUAGAUGAGAAUGAAAAUAAUGAAAAUUCUGAAGUAAUGAAUUUCAAUAGUAUUAACGGUGAAGAAUAUGAAGAAGUCGGAGGCA